CUAUGGCCACACAUUCAGCUCUCGCCGUCUCAAGAAUCCCGGUGAAACCGAGGCUGCAGUCUAAGAGUGCAAUUCAUUCUUUCCCUGCUCAAUGCUCCUCCAAGAGGCUGGAAGUGGCUGAAUUCUCCGGUCUGCGAGUUAGCAAUAACGGUGUGGAAGCAUCUUUCUUUGAUGCCAUAGCUACACAAAUAACCCCCAAGGCUGCGACAACAUCCACUCCUGUCAGAGGAGAGACAGUGGCGAAACUGAAGGUUGCGAUUAACGGGUUUGGUCGGAUUGGUAGGAACUUCCUCAGGUGCUGGCACGGUCGCAAGGACUCUCCUCUCGAUGUUGUAGUGCUUAACGACAGUGGUGGUGUCAAGAACGCAUCCCACUUGCUGAAGUAUGACUCUAUGCUUGGAACCUUCAAGGCUGAUGUGAAAAUUGUCGACAACGAAACUAUCAGUGUUGAUGGUAAGUUCAUCAAAGUCGUCUCAAACAGAGACCCUCUUAAGCUUCCAUGGGCUGAGCUCGGCAUUGACAUCGUCAUCGAGGGAACAGGAGUGUUUGUUGAUGGACCAGGAGCAGGGAAGCAUAUUCAAGCUGGAGCCUCGAAAGUGAUCAUCACCGCACCAGCCAAAGGCGCUGAUAUUCCAACCUAUGUUGUUGGAGUCAAUGAGCAAGACUAUGGUCAUGACGUUGCUAACAUCAUUAGCAAUGCAUCUUGCACCACCAACUGUUUGGCCCCGUUUGCUAAAGUUUUAGAUGAAGAAUUUGGAAUUGUCAAGGGGACAAUGACGACGACACAUUCCUACACCGGAGACCAAAGGCUUCUAGAUGCAUCACACAGGGACCUAAGGCGUGCAAGAGCCGCAGCGCUGAACAUAGUACCGACCAGUACAGGUGCAGCCAAGGCCGUGUCGUUGGUGCUACCGCAGCUGAAGGGUAAACUCAACGGUAUUGCACUCCGUGUGCCGACCCCAAACGUCUCGGUCGUUGACCUUGUUAUAAACGUUGAAAAGAAAGAUUUGACCGCGGAGGACGUAAACGAGGCGUUCAGAAAAGCGGCCGCUGGACCGCUUAAGGGCAUUUUAGACGUUUGCGACACACCGCUUGUGUCUUGUGACUUCAGGUGCUCUGAUGUUUCAACCACCAUUGAUUCUUCCCUCACCAUGGUCAUGGGUGAUGAUAUGGUCAAGGUGGUCGCUUGGUAUGACAACGAGUGGGGUUACAGUCAAAGAGUAGUGGAUUUGGCUCACCUAGUGGCCGCCAAGUGGCCGGGAGAGGUAGCUGCUGGGAGCGGAGACCCUUUGGAAGAUUUCUGCAAGACAAACCCAGCCGAUGAGGAAUGCAAAGUCUAUGAA